UGUGUGUGUCUAUAUAUAUAUAUAUAUGCAUGUUUGUAUUGUUGGGUCAUCUCACUGAUCAUCGCCAUUAUUGCAAAGAACACAAAGAUGAGCAGUCUCUAUCUUCUGUUCCUUCUCGUGGUGCUCUCUCUCUGCAUUUCUCGUCGUCUUCUCCCCAAGCUCAAUCUCUUCGCUAUUUCCAUGAAGUGGAUUUGGGAUUUCCUGUUUCCGAAUCGCCGGACAACCAACACUUUAUUGCCAGAAAACGGCGGCGGCGAGGUCAGCAUCAAGCGCUACGAGGCCGGAGAAGCCGCGGAAUGCCCGGUUUGCCUCUGCAAGAUCGACGCCGGAGAAGAGAUCAGAGAGUUGAGGUGCGCCCAUCUCUUCCACAGGGACUGCUUGGACAGAUGGGUCGGCUACAAGCACCGGACAUGUCCGCUCUGCCGCGGCUGUCUGGCGCCGGGGAGGCGCGCAACCGAGCUCGGAGAGGAAGUCUUGUCUUUCAAGUUCUGCGACUUCGGUUCAAGUUCCGGCCGGAGUUCAUGGUGGCUCCGGUGAGUAGUGGCCGGAGUUCUACGCCGCGCGUCGGAGGCCGUUAUAUGAUGUAAUAAUAAGAUUAAAAUUUGAUAUAUUAAAUUAUUAAUUAAUGUUAUCAUUUUCUCUUCAUACAUGCAUGUUAUAAUAAUAUUAUUCAAACUAAACAAAACAAAAAACAAACUAUGUGUAAUAAUAUAUAAGAAUUAGGGAAAGUCUUCUAUGUAGUAGCUUCAUGCAACAUAAACUCUCAAUGGCGUUAUCAAUCUCCCUA